ACAGCCAGAGUAUUCCAACAUUUGUUAGACAACACAUCAACCAAAUAAUAAGUAGCAGCUCCUACACUUGGUGAUAGAACCCUCCCAAAACCUCUAACAUGAAGCUUUUCACCACUACAUCCACCCUGGUGAUCCUGGUGGUCUUGGGGAUAAAUCUGGAGAUGGUGACCGCUGAGGACUGUGACCUGCCAUCCUGUACAGUCAUCUCUGGGCAGGAAGUUCGCUGCAAGAACCCUUACGCCUGGUUCGAAUUUCACCCUCACCCAACCAAUCCUAACCAGUUCGUACAGUGCACUAGGUAUGGCCCUCAGGUGAUGACCUGUCCCCAGGGUUUGAUUUGGUCCCAGUUACACAGGCUGUGCAACUAUGACUACAAUAAGCCCAUUCCUGACACCGACCCCCUCGUCUGUAACUGCAACAACUGCUUCCUGCCCAACCCCGCUGAUGCUACUACCUACUACUGGUGCUUCGAUUCGAACGGUGAUGGAGUAGCAACACCCAACAAGCAAGCCUGCGCCCCCGGCACCACCUUUAAUCAGGCCAUCUACCGCUGCACUUAAACUGCGCCUCCACCACCACCUGCGCCACCCAGAAACACCUGGUGGAUAUGAUGAUGAUUGCCUGGAAGAAGAGCAGCAACAACAAUAAAGCAGCCAGGGGAAACGACAAGAACAAUAAACAACAACAAAAGGCAGGAACAAAUAAAGUCAGAGGAACUUUCCUAGCUAUAACAAAUACAGUAUAGCAUACAAUAAAUACAACAGCAGUAACAACAACAACAAAAGAACAGGAUUUACUAAUAUCAAGAACGACAACAAAUACAAUAACAAUGAACCGUAAUAACAAGCACAACCAGAACACCAACAAGUUCAAAUGCCAGCCACAACAACAACAACAACAAUAACAGUGGCCAUAACAAAAAUCCAUUUCACUGGAUAGGAAUCAGCUUGACAGUGUACACAACAAUGACUGGCUUGUGUUGACACCCUCCACACACACUUGCUGCCUCUACACAGACCUGCUGGCUUUACACAUCUGCUGGCUCCAUACACCUGCUAAUAGGCACAUAUUUGUCAAUUUUGCACUGCUUCGGUUCUUAUCAACCUAUGUUGCUCUGUGUUCUCAUUUAGUGUCUAAUUGCUUUUCUUUCACUAAUAAAAAUAUAAAAAAAUAUCA